GAUGGUAUCUCUCAGGUUUUUUAACUGCAAGAUCUGUUGAACAUUGUCAAAUGAUGGAUUUAACUUAAAUCCUAUUUUACAAAGUUUGCCAGACUCUUUCUUGUCUUUAUAAACCCCAUCAGUGAUCCACCAAGUCAUUUCACCUUUUAGAAAGAAUCGGAAGCACAGGAAUUCAACAGGGGCUAUUGAAUUAAACGAAUGCAAAGUUCUCAAUAAGUAGCCAGAAAAUACAUUUCUCUAAAAAUUACUUCGAACAGUAUGUUUUCAUAAACAAGUCCCUGACUAUGUCAUGUCCAACGGACCAGAAAUUCCAGACACUAUUGGAGCUAGAUGCAUCAGGAGAAAUGAGGCACUCAAAUGCCUUGUGAUGUGCCAAAGUCCAGUGUUUAUGGAUCACUGGUGUUCACGUGGCCUCCACUUAACCCCUUAGCAUGGAACCAAACCCAGGUCUCUCACAUCCUUGGCUGAGUGCCAAAAUUGUUGGACUUCUCAGUAAGACGAUGGCUUCUUUUUGGAGGGUAUGUGCGGUUGGAUUAGGCUUCUCAGAGAAGGUCUCAGCCUGAGGCGAGAGGGAAUGCCUGUUUUAGGGAUGCUGAGGGAGCUUUUGUAUGAGAUGGACGCUGAGCAGGUCAGCAAUGCCAGGCCUCGGGAGGUUAGGCUCACACCCAGCCCCAGAAGCGUGGGGUCUGUCCCUGGAAAUGGAGCCAGAGGCAUGUUCAGCUGCUUGUGAGGUGCAGCAGGGGUUUUGUGAAUGACAGUGAGACCAAGGGAUGGACACGGUAGGCAUCAACGGUGGAGUGUAGGGAUGAUACCUUCUCCUUGUACAUUGCAACCUUGGUGCAGAAGGGUUUCUUACUAUUACAUUUUGAUUUAGGAACAUAGAGGAACGAGGUUAAUGCGUUUAUUCAACACACUUGGUGAAAAUAUUUUAAGACUACCUUCUCUGGGUAACUAUCUUGACUGUUACCAGCUCCUUCAGUUAGAGUCCGCAUCAGCAUGAAUGCAAUUUCCAUGCAUUGUUUCAGUCUGGAAAUGAAACAAUUUUCAUUAAUGGAAACCUGGUUCUCAAGCAGAACAAUUAGACCCACUUCAGGUUGAAAAAAGAUAAAAGCAUGCUAAUUUGGAUGGAGGACUCUUCUUUCAAGGCAGCCAAUUGAGUCAUCAGCCUGCCACCCACCUGACCGUCUGACAGGUAAUUAGGAGAUAGUCCUCUUUUUGUGCGGAGUGUGUGCAUAAACCUCCACACGCUGGUGUCGCUGCCCAUUGGGACUUCCAGAGGAAAGAGCUAGUCAGUGGCAAAAGAGUGAGGAGAGCACGUUUGUCAGACGGUGCCCAAUGAACUGACUUGUUUUUUGAUUUAGUUCAUUAUUUUUGUCUUCUAACACCUACUGAAGUUUCUGGCAGUAAAGUCGUCAUGGCAGACCUGGGCUGCAAAAAACCCAGCGACUGUACCGUCUCCAGGCUACUCAGCGUAGUGGAGAGUGAACUCCGGGCUGGGAGAGACAAAGGCGAUCCCACUGAGAAACAGCUCCAGGUUGUCUUAGAGGAUGCGACGCUCUGGCAGAGAUUCAGGGAAGUCACUAAUGAGAUGAUCGUGACCAAGAACGGCAGGCGGAUGUUCCCUGUUUUAAAGAUCAGCGUGUCAGGCUUGGACCCAAACGCCAUGUAUUCCUUCCUGUUGGACUUCGCCCCGACUGAUGGCCACCGCUGGAAGUACGUCAAUGGAGAAUGGGUGCCGGCUGGGAAACCAGAGCCACCAAACCACAGCUGUGUCUACAUCCACCCAGACUCUCCAAACUUCGGAGCCCAUUGGAUGAAAGCUGCUAUUUCCUUCAGCAAAGUCAAACUUACCAACAAGCUCAAUGGGAGUGGGCAGAUAAUGCUGAACUCCCUGCAUAAAUACGAGCCGCAGGUACACAUAGUUCGUGUAGGAGGCCCCCACCGGAUGGUGAUGAACUGCUCCUUCCCUGAGACACAGUUCAUAGCUGUGACUGCCUAUCAAAAUGAAGAGAUAACAGCUCUCAAAAUCAAGUAUAAUCCCUUUGCCAAAGCCUUCCUGGAUGCAAAAGAAAGAAACCAUCCUAAGGAUGCUCCAGAAACAGCCUCUGAAGGUCAACAUAUGACGUAUUCUCACUUGGGUGGCUGGUUGAUUUCCAACCCAGAUACAAUGUGUGCAUCGGGAAGCUCUAAUUAUCAGUACACUGGACCUUUGUCUCUGCCAGCUCCACACACUCCCCACAGCUGUGAGCGAUAUUCAGCACUGCGAGGGCAUCGGGCUGCUCCGUACCCACCUUCCUACAUGCAGAGAAAUCAUUCACCUACAGUUAAUUUGUUGGAGAGCUCCAGCAAUAACCUUCAGGUAUUCUCAGGACAUGACAGCUGGACUUUGCCAUCCUCUCCACACGCUAAUUUGCUGUCAGUGCCACACACAAAGGGAGCUGCCAGCCCUGGCCCCAGCACUGCUGAAAACCAGGAUCUUGGAAGAGCCACAGAGAACUCUGGUAUCUACAAUCUCCACUACCCUUGCCUGUGGACAGUGAGCAACAGUUCUGUAAAUGUUGCCAGCGCAGGAAGCGAGGUGAACAGCAGCCCUUCAAGCAUGUUUCUAAGGGGUAAUGUCCCCCUACCCACUGCAUCAUCAGUCCAAAUCCCUCUGCAGGGAAUGGUGUCUGGCAGCAUGGAAACGCAAGGGGAAACUGCUCCAGCCAGACUAUCCGACUCUGCCUGGACGUCCUCACACUCCUUUUAAUGGACAGGCAGCUCUUGAGGGAAGCUCAGCCAAACAAGAUUGACACAAAUGGCAAACGAUCUCCUAGAAUUGCAGCUCAGAGCAGGGAUGUGUAUGCAGAAAACCGCCUUCAUCAAACAUCACUUUCCACUUCCCACUCUUGUGUGCCAGCGAAUCCAAAAUGCAUAAUGCAAAGGCAGAAAAUGUUUUGGGAGCCGGUUUAUUACUGUAACCUUUAUGCGUCAUUCAGCAUGAUGUCCAGAAGGAAUCUUUAUAGUUAGUUUUGCUUCUAUAUCACAUAAAAACUGGUCAGAGACAUGGGACUGAGUGAAGCAGACAUGGCAGCUGGAUAUUUGUAUGUCAUUUUAAAAGUCCUUUCUGUAACUAACGGCCAAGUCCAGGGGAAAUUGUGAGCAAGUUCGCGACUGGUAAUUUGAAGGGACAGCGCUGCUUUAAAAACUUUCUCUGUCACAUGAAGGUUUUCACAAUACCUGAAACUAAACCCUUCAGAGGAUGAAAUUAGUCUGACACCCUAACGACACCUGCAUACACCUGUACUGUCUGUCCCCUUCCCUUCUCCAGCUCCUGUUUGCUGUUCGUGUGCUAUAGGGAUAAUGGACACACUCAAGCUGAGAAAGUGGCUGCAUUGUAGCAGCAGGGUGCAGGGCAUCUAGUUAGCAUUUAUAGUCUGAUGUGAUAGUCUUUGAAAUGAAAAGUUGCAAUGUUUUCUAUAUGUGCUAUUUUUGAAAGGGUGGAGGGAAAAGAAUUAUAGAAAAGAGAUUCAGCUUGCAUUUCCACUUUGCUUCUGGUAUAGAGUACAAAUAAAAUAUGAAUAAAUGG